UAUAGUACUGCUCCAGGUACUCUGUUUGGUAAAGAAGCAGUUUAUCCUUAUCCACAAUGAUUGUACAUCAUCAUGCAUGUUACCGAUCUUAUAAAAGUCCGUGACACACAUAUCCAUCGUCAAUCACUACAUACAUAUGUACAAUUAAACCUAAGCGCUACUACCUCGGUCACCGUCUUGCUUCGCCCUGGUUUCAUACCACUUCUCGUGCCACUUGAGAAAAGAUAUAAAGCUUAUUUGCAGCCCAAACUGGACUUCCUCUCGUGCAUUGGUAGACUGAUUCAUUGAUUCCAAACGUCGUCCUCCCGUCUAUGUAAUCAACCUUGUAUAUGCCAACUCCACGCUCCUGUAUACGCCGUAUUCUCAAAUGCUCACUCGCAAAAGCGCCGAUUCCACACCCUUCAUGCUUCCUGUACGUAUGUGCACGUACAAUCGCUUCUCG